UUUCUGUGUAUCUUCCUCUAUGUUUAUUGUAAAUAGCAAGAGUUAUUGCGUAUCUUCUCUGCAUUGCUCUUCUCCGUGUCAAACUCUAGUAUCACACUUGCCUAUGUUGUUGCUGUCCUGGUUUGUUUUGCUCAACCAUCGACAAGGUUAACUCGAGAAACUGUUUACUUUGUAAAUGAAAAAUCACUUGGAUACUCAUUAAUAUCCCCGGGUCCUUUAAAAUUUUGUCUUUCUGUCACACACGAUGAAUAUAACAUUGGUUGAUUUUCGGUUCUCCCGAAAAUAUAUAUAUAUAUAAAAAAAAAAAGUAUUUGUUCUGAAAUUAGUGAUCAGUAACUAACAGAACCUCAAGUCGAUCGCCAGUAAACAAUGUCAGAAAUCAAUAACAACAUCACACAACCGCCUGUUGGUCUCAUCAAUGAGAAGAACGACAAUAGCAGCCUUGGCGGCGGCGGCGUGUCGGCAGCGACAGCUAGCACUAUCAUUGGUAACUCUACAACUGCAACUGAAACAGUUGCAACCACUACAACAAUUACCACUACCACUACUAUUACUUCUACCACGAACAACAACAACAACACCAACAACAACACUAACUCUAACACCAACAGCAACACUAGUAAUAGCAACAACCACAGUACCAUAGAAAAUAUACAGAAUGAUUUCAGCAGCAACUCCGAUCUUGGAUUACACAAUGCUUUCGAACUGUUGGAGCUCGACUCUAAAACCUGGAAACAGACUGAAGAAAAAUCCUGUGAUCGACUUCGGUCUCCAGCCCAAUGUCAGCAAGAAGGAAACAAACUUAAUUCUGACAUUCUCACCAGGAAUUCUAUUGCAACGAGACCUAACGUAAGCUCUACAGAACUGAUGACUGGAUGUAUAUCUUCACUUCAGAAGCUGAAGCUUAUUUGUCCGGAAUGCCAAAAGGCAGAAUGUUGCAAAGUAUAUUUGAGAAAGAAACUGUCCUCCUCCAUGCUGGAUAAAUUUAACUUGGCCCGGUCCUUAUCCAGUUGUAGAGGCGUCAUAAAAGAGGCUCGGUUUCGACCUCAUCCCUCUGACAGUUCCGAAAGGAGUGUAUUGCGUGCUUCACGUUUAAAGUUUCUUUCACAGUUCAAUGCAAAUAAACGUGCUAAGCAUGGUGUGUGUAAAAACAAAUCUUCAAAACUAGAAGUCGGUGCAGUAUUUGGCCGUUGCUCUGAGAGAUCAUCUACCAAUUUUGCAUCUUUGGCUCAAAACACCCCUGAAACUUUCAAAAUUCCUGUCUUGACGAACGAUACCACAGCCCCUCAGUUUUUAGCUUAUCAGCACAACUUAUCGCGUGAAAUGCUUCCUUGUCCCUCUAUGAACAGCCAAUCUCCAUUUGAAAUGCGACUGUCGUCUCUGGCAGUAAAUUCCAUUUCUCCCCUUUCUAUAGAAAAGACUUGUUCUUUACAAGCCAGACUUGAUGAUAUGAGUGUCAAUGAACUUGCUUGUUACUUUGAAGAAUUUGUUCAUAUCCCUAAAAAAAUGAGUGAAAUGGCUGAAAUGAUGUACAGGUAACAAUGAGGACGAUGAGAUGACAUGAAUAUCAUCCUCAUUAUUAUUAUUAUUACUAAUUAUUAUUAUUUUUAUUAUUAUUCAUUAUUAUUUUUCUGUUAUUUUCUUAAAAAAAAUCUGAAAUGUUUUAUUAAAAUUAUAAAUAAAAGGUUAUUUAAUUGUUCCCAUUGAGUUAUAAUCA